AUGAGUGAAACAUGGAGGAAGGAAAUGUUCCAGGCAUGGUCUGUCACUCUGGAUCCAGACUCUGCUCACUCAGAUCUUGCCAUCUCUCAUGAAAGGACACGCUUGACCUGGAAAGAAAACAUUGGGAACUCCGAUGGCCUCUUUAGUGUGCUGGGCCUUAAGGGCAUCACAUCAGGAAGGUGUCACUGGGAGGUGGAGAUUGAGAAUGGGAACAGCAGCCUAUGGACUCUCACCAGCAAAGGCUGGUACACAGAGUGCCCGGAGAAGGGGUUUAGGGUUGUGGGGCGGUUUGCAGAUGGAUAUUGUGCCUGUAUGGAACCUAAGACUCCCUUAUCCCUUAGGCAGGAUCCCUGCAGGGUGGGUGUUUUCCUGGAUUACAGUGAAGGUGAUGGCUCCUUCUAUAACAUGACUGAUGGGUCCCACAUUUUCUCCUUCUCUGAGGUUUCAUUCUGUGGGGUUCUCUUUCCAUACUUCAGUUUUGGGGCUGGAGAUGUGUCUCUGACCAUCUGUUCCAUGCCGGAGGCUGUGUCUCCAUGGCAUCUACCACUGUGGUUCUUUGUGGGACUGCAGAUUCCCUGUGGCAAAAGCAUCUGA